AAAAAAAUAUUGAAGAGAGGCAAGAACUUCUCUCUCACACACUUCACUUCACCACACGCUUCUCUCUCUCUCAAACACGACGGCUCACAUUCCCAGCCCAUUUGCCGUUGCAGAGCGUCGACCUCCGACCGUCCAAGCGCCACACCCUCACCAAUACAUAGUUGUUGACAACUGAAAAGUAGUUAUAUAGUGAAGGUAGAACAAGUAAAAGAUGCCGCUCUACGACUGUGUGCUAUUAUUUAAGCCCCAUGUGAAUAAGCAAGCCAUUACAGACUUGAUUGCUAGGGUGGGGAAACAUGUUUAUGCUCGAAAUGGUGUGCUCACGGAACUUAAGUCCAUUAGAGAGGUUCAGCUGGGUUAUGGUAUUAAGAAGCUUGAUGGAAGAUACUUUCAGGGAAAACUCACGCAAAUGACAAUGAUGGCAACACCCAAUAUAAACAAGGAGCUUCAUUACUUGAACAAAGAAGAUCGGUUAUUACGUUGGCUCCUUGUAAAACACCGAGACACCAAGUAUGGACUUGAUUACUUCGAGAACGAAGAUUCAAAAAGUGAACUAAGCAAAUUCACUUCGCGUAGCAUAUAUGAUGAUGCAGAUAUGGACGAGGUUGAAGAUGAUGAUGAUGACGAGUAUGAUGAGGUAGAGAGGAAAGAUAUUUGAGGAUUGUAGGAUAUCGCCAGUUCCUUAUUUAUUUUCUUUUAGUCAGGGUUGUUCUGGCAGCAUGUAGGUCACAACUUUUUUUUGCAGAAAGCAUAUGCAACUAGAAAAAAAUGGCAAAUGAUGUCUUGUUAAGUUGAUUUGCUGUUGUUUUACAUGUUAUUGGACUAUCUUUUAAAAUGGCAAAUAAUGUCUUGUUAGGUUGA